AUGGCGGCCGUCACGCAGCCGCUCGAGCUGUGCCCGCCGCGCGCCGCCACGCUGCUGCUCUUCCGCGGCGUGCGCAACGCGGGCGCGCUGCGGCGGCGGGCGGCCGAGGGCGCCCUGCCGGCUGCGCUCGUCAGCCCCGCCGCGGUCGUGGACCCGUUUCAGGUCCUCGUGGCAGCCAACAAGGCGGUUCAUCUGCACGCGAUGGGCAAAAUGAAGACCAGGACUCUCUACACAGAAAUUAUUUUCAACCUUUCGCCAAACAAUAAUAUUUCAGAUGCUUUGAAGAAAUUUGGCAUAUCAGACAGCGACACAGCGGUACUCAUUGUCCUGAUUGUAGACACAGAAAAGCCUGUAAAUCUGGAAGAGAUCACAUCUCAAGUAGAAGGCCAGCAGGUUUCUCUAGAUGAACUCCCCCAGCUGACAGACAUUGAAAAAGUCAAAAAGAUAUACAAAAUUACUCCACAGGAAGAGAAAAUCAGCACCUUAUUGGAUAGCAUUGUUUGCAGAAUGGCAACAAAAGAUGUUUUAUGAAAAUAUAUUAAAAAAAAAAAACUUGAGUUGCUUAUAAACAUAAGGUUUGAAAAUCUGUACUUUCUCUUUCAUUGAGCACCCUCUCAUCCACGAAUAGCAUUCAAACAUCGUAAAUUAUUUUUAUAAUCACCCUACUGUGAUUUGCUUUAUUUUGGCACCCCCUGAGGGACGGUAUCAUUUUGAAGCUUAACAAUGUCAUUGCCCAGAAUUGUGUCAAGAUUGCUAAGUAUUGUUCCUGGACUGGAAGAAGGAAUGUUCCUUAAAAGGCAUCUGCAAUAUCUCCCUCUCUUUACCAGUAGAGUAGAAACGCUGCCCACCCUCUGGGAAAAGGAAGGUGGRAAGUACGGCAGGAUCCUGUGAUGCAGCAGAGAGUUGGGCCAGGCCUAGGAGAAGAGGACAGUGUGACUUUAUGUAAGUCAGCAUGGGUGAUGCUGUCAUGGCAUCAGCACCUAAAAURUGAUACCAUCUCACAUGUGUAUUGUGUAGUGCUGACCUACURGUGUAUUGUUUCAUGUUAGUGUGGGGAUUAAAUAAUGAGAGGUAUUUUUAAUUUGAAAUACAGGAAAUGAAGCAUGGUGAUGCUGACUUUUUAGGGCUGUGUUCCAAGUGCAGAAUUCACAGAAAAAUCUGCAUUUACUAGCUUUUAAGUUAUGGACAUAGCUUAAAUAUCAAGCUGAAAGGAUCAUUAAAAUAAUUUGCUUUGCUGAACUAGUGUUAGGAAAGAACAUCAAAUAAAAAGAAGAAAGAAUGGUGAUUUCCAGUAGUCACCAAGUCCAAAAGUUUGGUGUCGGUAUCAUUUAAUCASAUGUAGGUAUCCUAUUUCAUACAAAUUACUGUCCCAGUAAGGAAGAAAUCCAUAUUGCUUGUUAUCAUUAGGCUGUAUUGUUUCUCUGGCAAAUGCCAUGUAUAAAAUKAUAGUUGUCUGCAUUCUUUUCUUGCCAUUCUCUGAGGCACUAGGACUUGUGUACUUGCAAGAUAAGAAAGAGUGUCCCAGAUUUGCAACUAACAUUUGGAAAAGUAAGUAUAGUUUGUAGGGGGAUAAGUUUGAGUUAGAUAUAACC